AUGGAGAUGCUGCAGGACGAGGCGGUAGUCGUCGCGAGGCCGAGGCCGAGGCCAGAAGCAGCAGCAGCGGUCGUCGCCGUGCGCCGCAUGAACAGCAGCAGCGACGGCAAGAUGUGCUACGCCAACAACUCCGACUUCCAGCGGGUCAUCGCCUCCGUCACCAAGAAGGCCAGGCAGGAGCUGGCGGCGGCGCUCUACCGCGCCCGUGGCCGCCCGGACUCCAUGGGCAUCGCCGACCUGGGCUGCGCCACGGGGCCCAACGCGCUGCUCAUGGUGUCCGACGCCGUCGAGGCCGUGCUGGCGGAGACCCACCUGCACCACCACCCGCCGCCGCCCCAGCUGCACGUCUUCCUCAACGACCUCCCCGCCAACGACUUCAACGCCGUCUUCCGGCUGCUGCCGUCGUCGCCGCUCGCCGCCACCGGCUGCUGCCUCGUGUCGGCAUGGCCGGGCUCCUUCUACGAGCGCGUCUUCCCGGAGGCCAGCCUGGACUACGUCGUAUCCUCGAGCAGCCUGCACUUCCUGUCCAAGGCGCCGACGAUGAGGAUGGAGCAUCCCAACCUUGGUCGCGUCUACGUCUCCGAGUCCGGCCCCGCGGCGGUGCUGGACGCCUACCACUCCCAGUUCCACGCCGACUUCCUCCGCCUUCCUCUCCUGCCGCGCCGCCGAGAUGAGGCCCGCGGCCUGCUCCUCCUCACCUUCGUCGCCAGGAGGACCGCCCGCCCCACCGCCCACGACUGCUACCUCUGGGAUCUCCUCGCCGACGCUCUCAUGGACAUGGCCGCCGCCGGGCUCGUCGACGAGGACCAGGUCCACGUCUUCAACGCGCCCAACUACAGCCCCUGCCCCGACGACUUCGCCAAGGUCAUCGCCAAGGAAGGCUCCUUCACCGUCAGGACCAUGCAGCUCUUCGACACCACGCGCCGCUGCCUCCUCCUCCAGGCCCAGGCGGACGAAGACGAGUUGCCGCGGUGGCUAGCCAUGGAGACGGCAAGCACCGUUAGGGCGGUCGUGGAGCCCAUGCUGCGGACGCAAUUCGGCUGGGACGCCAUGGACGGACUCUUCUGCAGAGGCUUGCAACUGGAAUUCAAUAGUAUAAGAACUGGACUCUGUAUCAUUGCUAGAAGCUUGCAACGGGAAUCCAAUAGUAUAAGAAUUGGACACGGACACCGUAGGGCCAGCUGUGCCGCGGUGGCUCAGGACUCCAACGUCUUCCUCGUCUUGGAGAAGAAACAGCACUAG